AUUUACACCUCUGCACGCAACAACAAUUACUCAAACCGCAAAUUCUAACCUCAUAUACUAGAACAAUACCGGGUACCAUAAUGCUCGCUUGAGGAUAAACAUCUCAGCCAACAACAAGAGCAAUGCCUCGUCAUCACCUACUCCGAAGACACCCCGCGCAAGACCAUCCAGACACGGACUCCCCGCAGCCACGCGCAGCAGCCAGAGUCGGCAAUGGAGGCAGCGUAAACCCACAGCUGCAGUUCACAACUCCUCCUAUGCGCGGUACACCCCAGUUACAUCCAUCGUCGGGACCGAUUGAGUCUAUCGAGUCGCCGCAUCAGCUUCAUGGUGCUUCUGCACCAGCUCUCUUCUCCUUGUUUGGGCGGGGUGUGACGAGUCGGCAACGGCCGCAGAUGAUGGAUGAGGAUGACGAAGAGGAGGAAGACGAGGAAGAAGACGAUUAUGAGGAUGGCUUUGAGCCUGAUCAGAGAAACUUCGACCUUGAUCCGGAAGCGAAUGAGGUUGAGAUAUCGGAUGAAGAUGCAGAUGGGAUGGUUGGAGAGGAAUAUCAGGAGGAGGAAGAGGAAGAAGACGAGAUGAUGCAAGAUCGAGAAAAGUCCCCCUCCCCUCUCCCGAGCAACCUGCGUGAGAUCUCCUCUCUUGCUUCAUGGACAGUUUCCACCCACAAACCGGGCUGUGGCGUCUCUGCUCUUCGUAACCCCUCGCCCAUGCAGUACUGGCAAUCCGACGGACCUCAGCCACACACGCUCAGCCUUCACUUCUUCAAACUCGUCGCCAUCGUGCGGAUCCGCGUGUACCUCGAUUUCGAAAUGGACGAGAGUUACACACCAACCAAGAUGAUCUUCCAGGCUGGCAUGGGCGGCAACGAUCUCGUGGAGUUUGCAACCUGGGAAGGAGAAGCACCAUGUGGCUGGGUAGAUGUGCCUCUUGAAGGCGUUGGAGGCCGAAGCGGCGGCUGGGUGAGAAGGAAACGGUUAAAACGCACUCGCACUCGAGGUAAAGGCGAAAAGGGACAAACGAAGUACAUAUUCUCCGAUCCCGAGAACCAAAUCGAAUACGACGAAGGGGCGUACGAGGACGAUGAUGAUGAAACGGCCGAAGACGACGACGACGAUGACCCGUACGCUGGGAAUGUCCUGAAAGCCAUGGUGCUGCAGAUGCGCAUCAUGGAGAACCACCAGAACGGAAAGGAUACGCACGUUCGUGGAUUCCAGGUAUUUGCUCGUGACGAUGGCCGCCAGCGGAUGGGCGCCGGGCCAUCUGCUAACGAUGGUCGGAUUCGGAGACACAGCAUUCGCAAGUCCAUCCGUGGAGUUGCCAACGAUAAUGGAAGAGAUGGAAAUGGUGAUGCUGAUGGGGGAAAGGUAACUGGCUUAGAGGAACCAGAUUGGAUGGGAGAGCCAGUGAUUCGAUAAUGCAUUCAGUUCACAUUGUGGAUUGAAGGCCAUUGAUGGCGCUUUUCUUUUUGUCGCGACCAACAGCAAGGGAGACGGAAUAGUGGACGGCAAAAAAAGACUGUUAUAAAAGGGGAUUUGAUCCAUUCGGAGUUUCUCGGUUGUUAAGAUACCCAUUCUUCAGUUAUAGCUAAUAUUAAGGA